AAAAUGAGACAAAUUAAAACUUAUAGAAAGAAAAAAAGAGAUGGGGAGUUCAUAUGAGCAUGCAAGAAAAGCUAAGGAUGUUUCUCUUAAUGAACUUAGAGAUAGGGUUGCUGAAUUUGCUGAAGUUAGAGGAUGGGAUCAAUACCAUAGCCCUAGAAAUCUCCUUCUAGCACUUGUAGGAGAGGUGGGGGAGCUAUCGGAGAUAUUCCAAUGGAAAGGAGAGGUUGAAAAAGGGCUACCAAAUUGGAGUUGUGGUGAUAAGGAGCAUUUAGAGGAAGAAUUGUCUGAUGUUUUGCUCUAUCUGGUUCGUCUAGCUCAUGUGUGUGGACUUGAUCUUGGCCAAGCUGCAUUGUCGAAGAUUGUUAAAAAUGGUAGGAAAUAUCCUGUUGCUCCUGCUAAUUAUUCAACUUGAUCCCAUCACCUACUGUACUACUACAAAUAUGUAUGUAUUGAUGUUUUGCAGCCUCUUUCUCUAGGCAUUAUCUCUAGUUCGAUCGCGUUUCCAUGUUUUUCUCUUUCAAAUAAAAAAAGUUUUAGGAUCUGUUUAGUUC